AUGAGCGAAGUGCCAACCGAUAGACAAUCCCACGCCAACGACCGACGCCGCCUGACCAAACGAGCACCACCGGCUACCUUGACCUCCACCCCCAGCGACGAUAGCCAACCCAAACAACACAUCCUCCGCAGUGCCCCUUCUGCUCACAUCCACAAUCGGUACAGCGCCCACGCCCUAUCGCCGGUGCACAGCCGGAGCCCGACAUUGGACGCAGGUUGGGCCGCGGCAAGCCAGAACAGCAAAGCAUACACUUCCAACCACCAUCCUCGCUUCUCCGUAACGGAAAAGAGCUCGACCGAUCUCCUUGGCUCCCGCUUCGACAGCGCGGCCGUCAUCAACAGCUUCAACUCCGUCCCUUACUCCAUCGAUAGUGGGUCUGCGCAACCUCAGUCCGCCCUCCCAUCCACCACCCGCACCCUCUCACAAAUACCGGACCCCAUCAUUGCGCCCACACGACCAACACCGCGACCCAGUAGUAGCACACACGGCACUCAUCUAGCCGCCGCCAAUCCGGCUGUGAGGCUGUCGCAGAGCUUGGUGGCCACCGGUAGGAAGAUGGACGAUAUUCCGCAGCAGAGGAGUGGGUUGAGUGGGCUGGUAAAUCCGCGACAGAGGUAUAGUGAUGAAGCGAAGGAUAGUAAGGUGCUGAAGAAGAAAAGUGGGUUCUCGAGCUUCUUCAACUUAUCGUCGCCGCGGAGACCUGCGAUAUCUGCUCCGGAGAAUCCUGUGCAUGUGACGCAUGUUGGAUAUGAUCAAGAGACUGGCGAGUUCACUGGCCUACCUAAGGAGUGGCAGAGAACAUUGCAAGCCAAUGGCAUUACCGAGCAGGAGCAAAAGAAGAACCCACAGGCUAUCAUUGAUGUCGUUACAUUCUACAACGAAAACAACGAUCGGGGCAGUGAUGACUACGCCUAUCACAAAUUCGACCACGCACACGCCGCGGAUAGUCCGCAAAUGGGGCUGGCGCCGCAAGGAGUAUCGCCAGGUGGUGUCAGCCCUGGCGGAGCAUAUGGUCAAGUACUGAGUCCUCCAGCAAGUCCGCGCUUCCCUAAGAAUGAAGGCGAGAGCUUUGAAAACCCACGAGCGCCGCCUCCAGUACCCAAAGGAAUGCAAGGACUUGGCCUGAUGACUCCUGGAGGCACUCCCGCACAAGCAAAUGGCAACAACAUGCUUCCGCUACGACCAGCACCCAAAGCGCCCGGUGCGCCGAACAUGAUGCCACAGCGAGCUGCACCAGGUGUGCCGAGUUCGCAAAGAGAACGAGCUGGUACAGAUGAUGGUCUGCCUCCUGUGCGUUAUGCUCCACCCGCAGUCAGCGAAGUCUCACCAUCCUCUCAAAGCAGAAGUAGAGCCAAUACAGGCCCGGCACAGCAGUAUCAACAAUCAUCUCCUGUCAGCUCUCCCCACCAGUACCAGCAACAACAAGAGCAAGCCAUGAAGGCCGCUCAACAAGCAUUAAAGCAGCAAAGUCUGGAUCGAUCAGUAUCACAGAAGCAGCAGAACGUCGCACCACAAGUCCAGCAAGCUCCACCCAUGCCGGAUCAGAGACAGAUACAGCCGGACUCGAAGAUGGGACCAGCACCCAGGCCUCGGAACCGACCACGACAAUCCAUCACCAACGCCGAAAUCAUCAGCAAACUACAACACAUCUGCAGCCCCCAGGACCCGACGAAGAAGUAUAGGAACCUUGUGAAGAUCGGGCAGGGCGCAUCCGGAGGGGUCUACACCGCCUACGAGGUCGGCACGAAUAAAUGCGUCGCCAUCAAGCAGAUGAACCUGGAGCAGCAGCCAAAGAAAGACCUGAUCAUCAACGAAAUCAUGGUCAUGCGCGACAGCAAGCACAAGAACAUCGUAAACUUCAUGGACAGUUUCCUCGUCCGAGGCGAUCUGUGGGUGGUGAUGGAGUACAUGGAGGGCGGCAGUCUGACCGACGUUGUCACUUUUAACAUGAUGUCCGAAGGCCAGAUCUCGGCCGUGUCGCGGGAGACGUUGCAUGGCUUGCAGUUCUUGCAUUCCAAGGGCGUCAUCCAUCGCGAUAUCAAAUCCGAUAAUAUCCUUCUCAGUCUGGACGGCAAUAUUAAACUCACUGAUUUCGGCUUCUGCGCUCAGAUAAACGAGAGUCAUAUGAAGCGCACGACUAUGGUCGGAACACCGUACUGGAUGGCCCCUGAAGUUGUGACAAGGAAGGAGUAUGGCCGGAAAAUCGAUAUUUGGUCCUUGGGCAUCAUGGCGAUUGAGAUGAUUGAGGGGGAGCCGCCGUAUCUGACUGAGUCGCCGUUGAGGGCGUUGUAUCUGAUCGCCACGAAUGGCACGCCGACGAUUAAAGAGGAACAUAAUUUGAGUCCGGUGUUUAAGGAUUUCUUACAUUUCGCCCUCAAGGUCGAUCCGGAGAAGAGGGCUAGUGCGCAUGAUUUGUUGAAGACGGCUGAGCCCUUGGCUACUCUUAGUCCGCUUGUUCGCGCUGCAAGGGUUGCGCGGGCGGAGGAGAGGCGGAAUAAGGGGAACUGA